GGCUUGAGAACAGAAAACCGAAGGGGGAGAGACCAAAGAGAAGAUUCGAGGUUUUUCCAUUUGCACUGAAAUUGCUUGCUGCUCUUCGGAUUUGCUGUCUCCGUCUCAGUUUUGCUUGGAAUCUCUGUCUUCGCUUAGGUCGCAGGCAUGCACGCCCCAGUUCUUGUCCUCAAGGAUUCGUUGAAGCGUGAAUCUGGAACCAAGGUUCAUUAUGCUAAUAUUCAGGCUUCGAAGGCCGUGGCGGAUAUCAUCCGUACCACACUGGGUCCUCGUUCGAUGCUGAAGAUGCUUCUUGAUGCUGGAGGAGGUAUUGUUGUUACCAACGAUGGAAAUGCCAUUCUGCGUGAACUAGAUCUUGCUCAUCCUGCAGCUAAGUCAAUGAUUGAGUUGAGCCGCACACAAGAUGAAGAAGUUGGCGAUGGGACAACAUCUGUUAUCGUGCUGGCCGGUGAAAUGUUACAUGUUGCUCAAGCUUUUAUCGAGAAGAGUUACCAUCCAACAAUCAUAUGUUAUGCCGAGGCUCUUGAGGAUGCUAUUGCUGUUCUUGACAAAAUUGCAAUGUCAAUUGAUGUUAAUGACCGAGCAACGAUGCUGGGACUAGUCAAGAGCUGCAUAGGGACAAAGUUCACCAGCCAAUUCGGAGAUCUAAUUGCUGAUUUGGCUAUUGAUGCCACAACCACUGUCGGUGUUGAUCUUGGGCAAGGAUUGAGGGAGGUGGAUAUAAAAAAGUACAUUAAAGUUGAGAAGGUCCCUGGUGGUCAGCUGGAGGACUCUAAGGUUCUGAGAGGAGUGAUGAUUAACAAAGAUGUGGUUGCUCCUGGUAAAAUGAAAAGAAAGAUUGUCAAUCCACGUAUUGUUCUUCUUGAUUGUCCCCUCGAGUACAAGAAAGGUGAAAACCAAACCAAUGCCGAGUUGGUUAGAGAGGAGGAUUGGGAGGUGCUGUUGAAGAUGGAAGAGGAAUACAUCGAGAACAUUUGCAUGCAAAUAUUGAAGUUCAAACCUGAUUUAGUGAUUACAGAGAAGGGACUUAGCGACUUGGCAUGUCAUUAUUUCAGUAAAGCCGGGGUUAGUGCACUACGGAGGUUGAGGAAGACAGAUAACAACAGGAUCGCUAAGGCAUGUGGGGCAGUGAUUGUGAACAGACCCGAUGAACUGCAGGAGUCUGAUGUCGGUACUGGGGCUGGCUUGUUCGAGGUCAGGAAAAUAGGGGACAAGUUUUUCGCCUUUAUCGUUGAUUGCAUAGAACCGAAAGCAUGUACAGUACUCCUAAGGGGACCGAGUAAAGAUCUGCUCAACGAAGUGGAAAGAAAUCUACAGGAUGCCAUGUCUGUUGCAAGAAACAUUAUCAAGAACCCGAAGCUUGUUCCUGGCGGUGGAGCCACAGAACUAACAGUUUCUGCCACUUUGAAACAGAAGAGUUCGACGAUUGAAGGCAUAGAGAAGUGGCCAUAUGAAGCAGCUGCUAUAGCAUUCGAGGCUAUUCCUCGAACAUUGGCUCAGAAUUGCGGGGUUAACGUAAUACGAACUAUGACUGCCUUACAAGGAAAGCAUGCUAAUGGUGAAAAUGCGUGGGUUGGCAUUGAUGGGAACUCUGGCGCCAUCGUCGACAUGAAAGAAAGCAAGAUAUGGGACGCGUACAAUGUGAAGGCGCAAACGUUCAAGACGGCGAUAGAAGCGGCGUGCAUGCUCCUGAGGAUAGACGAUAUAGUGAGUGGGAUCAAGAAGAAGCAAUCUCCCGGACAAGCUCCUCCCUCUAAGCCUACUGUCGAAACCGAGGCAGACGCUGACGGCGAGCAAAUACUUCCCGACUAAGCCCCAAACAAAACAAAACAUGUUUUUUUUUUUGUGUAACUGGGGCCCACAAUGUCAUCAAAUUUUGCAUUGACCAAAGUCGGAAACUUUAUAAAAAAGGACGAAUUGGGUAUCCAUCUACUGGUAUAGUUGCUGAUGUGAUGUACUUGGAAUUUGCUGGACUGUUAUAGCGAGCUGCCAUGGCUGCCGCCUCUUGCCGGGUUUUAGGGCACAAUGUAAGGGGCUCUUAUGUAGAUCGGUAAUGUUUUUUUUUUUUACACUAACUACUUCCUCUGUUUCUUCUUUUCUUGAUUACAACCGUAUGCUCUACAAGUAAAGACAUGAGUUCUAAUGUU